GAAAGAGUGAAGUAAAAUACAAGGUAGAUCACUGCGCCAUCUAUUCACGUGGUUGAAAUGGCUCGUAAAAAGACGAGUAAAACUAAAAAAGUUUUAAAUUGGAAACCUGUUACAUUAGAUUUAGAUUUAGCUGGACAAGGUGAAUUUGAGGGACUUGUUGGAUUUGAAGAACUAGAUUGUUACGAAUUGGUUAAAGAUUCUAAAGGAGGAGCUGUAAUUGUUGGUAAUGACAAGCACGCAUCUGCUAAGCCUAAGGUGAAGAAGAACGAAAAAAGAAAUAAAAAUGGCUCAUUUAAAAAAUUUGGUGUUAAGAGGAUGUCAAGGGUAUCGGAGAAUAAACAUCAAACAGAUGCAGCAAACCACAAAGAAGUUAAAAAGAAAGGUCUGAAAAGGAAACUAGAUGGCACUGUUGUAACUGAAACAAAGAAGAAAACAGAGACUUCAAAUGAGAAUAAAGGUGUUGAGUUAGUAAAUCUUCAAGAAAGAGAUAUGUCAGCUUGGACAAACCUGUUUGUUCCAAAUUCAGUACUAAAAGCUUUGGGAGCAAUGAAUUUUACCUCUCCUACCCCUAUUCAAGUUCUGAGUCUUCCACCAGCAAUAAGAGAUCGUAGAGAUAUCAUUGGUGCAGCAGAAACUGGUAGUGGAAAAACACUAGCAUUUGGAAUUCCAAUUGUUCAUCGAAUUUUGGAAGAGAAAGACUACAUAAAAAGGAACCAAACAGAGAACAACAAAGAUCUUCCUGCUUGUCCUUUAAGGGCCCUAGUGCUGACUCCUACUCGAGAACUCGCUAUCCAAGUAAAGAAACAUCUUGAAGCCAUCAUGAGAUUCACUGACCUAAAGGUAACAGUAGUAGUUGGUGGAAUGGCUCCUCAGAAGCAGCAACGCUUGCUCAAAAAAUGCCCUGAAAUAGUUGUUGCGACACCUGGCCGGCUGUGGGAACUUAUUGAAGAGGGUGAACCACAUCUGAACCAAGUAUCAAAUAUCAAAUAUCUUGUCAUUGAUGAAGCUGAUAGAAUGGUGGAGAAAGGACAUUUUUUAGAGCUAAAACAAUUGUUACAACUUAUCAAUAGGGAUGAAGAAAUGCGAAAGAAGCGUCAGACGUUUGUAUUCUCUGCCACUCUUACAAUGAUUCAUGACCUGCCACAGAGGUUAUUACUCAAUAAGAGAAAGUACAAACUCACACAGAAGGAAAAAUUGGAGUUGCUGAUGUCAGAGUUGGGCACAAGAGAUAAACCUAAGAUCAUUGAUUUAUCUCGAAGAGUUGGAACAGUAGAGACGCUAACGGAAGCUUGCAUCAACUGUAGCUUGAAAGAAAAGGACUUGUAUUUGUACUACUUCCUGCUGACAUACCCUGGAAGAACACUUGUGUUCUGUAACAGUAUCGACUGUGUUCGACGUCUGAAGAAUGUGUUAGAUCUUUUAGCAUGUUCACCAUUACCACUCCAUGCAUCGAUGCACCAACGGCAACGACUUAAGAACUUGGACAAAUUUACUACCAGUGAGCGAGGUCUGUUGUUGGCCACAGACGUAGCAGCAAGAGGACUAGACAUUCCUGGAGUUGAACAUGUUGUUCACUACCAGGUGCCACGCACGGCAGAGAUCUAUGUUCAUCGUAGUGGACGUACAGCAAGAGCUCAGAGAGAGGGCCUGAGUCUGAUGUUAGUAGAGCCACAGGAAGUAACUUUUUACCGUAAACUAUGUAAAACCUUGAACAGGGAUGAGGACCUUCCAUUAUUUCCUGUUGACCGUGCAGUCCUUAUUAUGGUCAGAGAGAGGGUAAACUUAGCUAAACAGCUUGAUGUGUUGGAGCAUAGACAUCGACAACGCUUAGCUCAAAAUAAUUGGAUUAAGAAGGUUGCAGGUGAAAUGGAUCUAGAUGUGGGGGAUAAAGAAGAUAACUUCUUACAUGACAUGCAAGACCCCACUGAACAAAGCGGGAAUAUAAAACAGAUAAAAGUCAUGAAGAAGUCUCUGCUGACUAUGCUUAACCAGCCAGUAGUUCGUCGAGGCACAGGUGGAAGCUAUCCAACCAAGUCUGGAAAACUGACCUUACCUUAUGUUCAGAGUCAGAAGAAAGCUGUAACAGUUGUCCAGGGUGAUGUCGCUGAAAAUAAACGGUUCAAGCCAAUGGGUAGAAGGAAAAAAUUGUAUAAAAAAAAUACUUGUAAAGGUCACCAUUAAAGUUAUUUUUAACCUUCA